AUGAACCAUUUGGUUGGACCACCUGAGGGGGAGGUAAGCGAAGAGCCAGCAAAUGGAGCAGUGAAUGAGUCAGUGGAGGCUGACCUGGAGCACUCAGAGGUGGAAGAGGAACAGCGGUAUGCAACUCGCUACCCAAGGCACACAAACAACAGCCAAGGGGGCCUGUCUGGGCAGGAGGAGGAAGGGAUGUUAGCUCGAUCAGCCAGCACUGAGAGUGGUUUCCACAAUCACACGGAUACUGCUGAAGGGGAUGUGAUAGCCGCAGUGGAGGACAGUUAUGACACAGAAAGAGUUCAGGAAAAUGAGGAUGAAAGUGCGUAUGCGGUGCAAUACAGGCCUGAGUCUGAGGAGUACACAGAGAAUGCCGAUGCUGAGCAUGGAGAGGCCAUUCAUAACCGAACAUUGCCCAAUCACUUGCAUUUCCAUUCCAUCGAACAUGAGGAAGCCAUGAAUGCAGCCUACUCGGGUUAUGUCUACACACAUCGACUUUUUCACCGAGGAGAAGAUGAACAAUAUGCUGAGCCUUACGCUGACUACGGACUGCAGGAGCACGUGUAUGAAGAGAUAGGAGAUACACCUGACCUCGAUGUUAGAGAGGGUAUCCAACAGUAUGAGCGGGAAAGGGAAGAAGCUGACAAUUACCGCAAGGAGGCACUUGGUGCCCGCCUUCACCAUUAUGAUGAGCGGUCUGAUGGAGAGUCUGACAGCCCUGAGAAGGAGGCCGAGUUCGCGCCCUACCCAAGAAUGGAUAGCUAUGAACAAGAGGAGGACAUUGAUCAGAUUGUAGCAGAAGUGAAGCAGAGCAUGAGCUCCCAGAGUUUAGACAAGGCAGCUGAAGAAAUGCCAGAGGCAGAGCAGAGUUUGGAGCAUGGUCAAGCUCUUGCUGGUGGUGGGCAUGAAAGUAAUGGCCAGCUCCUGGCUGGUUCUCGAGUUACACCCAGCUCAGGAGAAUCUGUACAGAGAUACAGCAAGGAAAAGAGAGAUGCAAUUUCGCUGGCCAUCAAGGAUAUUAAAGAGGCUAUUGAGGAAGUGAAGACAAGGACCAUCCGUUCUCCCUAUACCCCUGAUGAACCCAAGGAGCCUAUCUGGGUGAUGAGGCAAGACAUCAGUCCAACCAGGGACUCUGACGACCAGAGGCCACUAGAUGGAGAUGUGAACUGCCUGAAUGAGAUGGAGAAUUUCUGGAUGUACCAGGCUGAGUAUCGUAAGAAAAAUUCUCCAUCUCCAGAUUCCUCUUCACCUCGGGGUGCUGAGUCAUCGAGUAGGCAACAUCACCAGGAUGUCUGUGGUACAGCAGAGACCUCCACUAACAAAGAGUCCAGAAAAAGCUUGGCUUCAUUUCCAACCUAUGUUGAAG